AGGCCACCCAAAUGACUUGGCAGAAGCUUUCCGUCAUGCUGCUGCCCACUGCAUGUUGCUCUAAGUUGCGUUACAAUCAGCUUUUAUUUAAAGAAAACCCUUUUAUAAACUGGAAGGAUGAGCUAACACUUUCAUUCUGAGCAUCUAGGGUAACUGCUAACCUCAGUCGUUGACCGUCCCGGCUGGCGGGAGAUUUUACAUUCACCUUUUGGACUGAAGUUGAUCAUGGUGCGAAAUGUGGACGACCUGGACUUCUGCCUGUCCUCUCAUCCUCAGAGCAUCCUGGAAGGCUUGCGUUCACUCUGCUCGCACCCUAAACUUGUAGAUGUAACGCUGAGCGCAGGCGGCAGGGAUUUCCCCUGCCACCGAGGAGUGCUGGCCCUCUGCAGCAUGUACUUCCACUCCAUGUUUUCAGGGGACUUUGUGGAGAGCAUAGCGGCACGCGUGGAGCUGCACGACGUCGACCCGGACAUUCUCAGUUGCUUGGUCGAUUUUGCCUACACGGGGAAGCUGACGAUCAACCAGAGCAACGUGGAGGGCUUGGUCUGCGCCUCCAGCAAACUGCAGUUCCAGACGGUGCGGGCCGUGUGCAGCCGGUACCUCCAGCACCAGAUCGAUGCCACCAACUGCCUGGGCAUUCUGGAGUUUGGCAAGAUCCACGGCUGCCCCGAGGUAGUGGCCAAAGCAUGGGCCUUCCUGCUGGAGAACUUUGAGUCUAUUCAAGAAGGUGAGGAGUUUCUUUUAUUGGGAAAGGACAGGCUGGUGGCCUGCUUGUCAGAUGAAGGACUGCAUAUCCGCUCAGAGUGCACUCGUGUCGAAGCCAUCCUAAAAUGGGUCGGGCAUCAGAAAGAAUCUCGACUCUGCCACCUUCCUGAACUCCUCAACUUGUCGCGUGUGUUUCUACUCAGUCGAAACUACCUGGCUGACACUUUACUGAAGGACAGUCUGGUGCAAGCCUCUCCCAGCUGCAAGGAGGCGAUCGAAAAGGUUUACGGAGAGAGAAUGAAUUUGGCAACAGAACACGGUGACAGGCUCAGCUCUCAGAGUCCACUACCAAACCUGCAAGAAGUUCUGUUUGUGAUGGGGGGCCGUUCGCUGGACGGCUCCGAUGACGAGGCCGACUCGGAUGAGGAAGAGGAUAGAGAUCCGAGACUGCUGUCCAAGAACUGUGCUUUCUACAACACAAGAACAAAAAAGUGGUAUGAACUGCCCAAUUUCCCCAAUCCAAACAAGUGGGGUUACUCCAUGGUGUCCUUGAAUAAUGAUGUGUAUGUUACAGGCGGCUCUCGAGGUUCGAAUACCAACACCUGGUCCACCACAGAAACCUGGAAGUACAUCACAAGAGAGGGGAGGUGGGUCACCGUGACGCCCAUGUUCCGGCCCCGGACCAACCACACAUCAGCAACGCUCAACGGGGAAGUUUAUGUCAUCGGAGGUACGACAUCAGAACGAGUGGAGGUUGAGCAUUACGACCCCUUCAACAACACCUGGGCCUUGACAUGUCCCGCCUUAAAAUACGUGACUAACUUCACGGCUACAGCUUGCCAUGGGAAGCUCUAUGUGAUCGGAUCAUGUGCAGUCAAGUACAAUGCUUUGACCAUGCAGUGCUACAACCCCGUCAUAGAUAACUGGAUCAAUGUAUGUUCCCCCUUCAUCCCCAAGUAUCUGUCUUCUCCUCGUUCCGUCUGCGUGGAUGGAACUAUAUACCUGGUGGCUGACAAUACAAAGAAAGUUUAUUUAUAUGAUCCAGACGCAAACAUAUGGCAGAAGGUCCAGCAGCUUCACAUGCUUCAUGAGAACGGAGGCCUCGUAACGCUGGAUGGGAAACUGUUUGUCACUGGAGGCCAUUGGAAAGGUAUGGAGGGAGACUACGGGGUGGAAGUGGAGGUUUACAACCGAGCCCAGAACACCUGGGAGGUGGAGGGCUUCCUUCCAAGACUUUGGUUCUACAGCGGAUUGUGCACUAUUUUUAUUGAUCCAUCCCACUGGCCUGAGCUUUCACCCAUAGAUUCAGAGUAAUGAAUAAGAAUAACAGCAUCCCAUCCAGCAGGAUCAGCUGCGUAACAGAGUUCACGGAGGCGAGUCUGCCCCAUAUCUAUUCUUACUGAAUGUUUAUCCCAGGAUGUCAUUGUAGCCUAGAAUAGUGUUACGUGAUCCUCAGGCUAUUCUUCCAUAUUUUUAGGACAGUGUUUGACUGCUCAGCAGGUGUUUAUUUAUCCUGUGUACUACAUGUUUGAGAUCUGAAUUCCUCUCAUGUUUUUUAAAUAGUGCUUGUGAAUCAUGAAAUGCCUUUAGAAAUAUCUUGAGGGCAAUUGCUAUGAGAAUCAUUAUAAUUGUGUCUGCUAUAUUUGUUGUGCAUUCACUUCUGAUGUUCAAUGAAUAAAUGACUUUCUG